CAGCCAGUGGCAGCGGCUCUUGAAGACGACGAGGAGAGCGAAAGCAGGCCGUGGAGACCUCGGUGUGGCGGCGUCUCUACCAGAGGUCCAAACCCGUGUCCCGUCGCCGUCAGCCAGAGCAGACACGUGGGCCCCUCCGGCGAAAACAGUAGGAUAGAUGGCAAAUGUAAUCUUGGUCAACCCAUCAAGAAAGUGAGCUUCUCCCACAGCGUCCCCCCAGUCACGGCCUUACAAACGGGACCCGCUGUGAAAACCCCAGCGACUAGGACAGAUCCUAGGUGCCAGAAAUCUAAUGUUUACUGCAGACUGUACUUCAGUGAAUCGCUGUCCUGUGGCUACAAAAUGUGUCGCUUCCAGCAUCUACCAGUGGAGGGGGAUGAGAAGUUCUGUGUUGACGCUGUGGCAAAGUUCUCCAAACAUCCAGCUUGCCUCCUGAAAGCAGGAGCUGUGUUUACAGGGUACUACCAGAACAGCCCACCGGGGGCGUACUUCUCCAUGCCGGUGCUCCUGACCCUCCUUUGGGCUCUGCUUAAAGCUGGCAUGGUGUCCCAUGUCUUCUCAGUCCUUCACGUCAGCUUGGCCCAUAAAUUAGUGCCUGACCACGAGUUCCUGCUGGCUCUUUUUAACUAUGUGAGAGACAAGGGGCUCCAGAGCUUGAUACCAGAACUGAUGGAGCUCACCUUCAAGAUGGCCGGCGUUGGUUUGGAGCUGGACUUGGACUGGAUGGAAAAUGUGAAAAACACUCCCAUGUUUCAGCAGACGGCUCAGCAGACGUCACACGAUGCUUUGGUUGGCAACCACAAUCCUGAGCUGCUGAAUUUAUUGCAUGGGAUUGUUGAAAUAGAGCUUUGUGUCAAGCAAGAAGACUGGAAACGGAUGGGAGAGGUGUAUAAGGCCCUCUGCCAGUUCAGCCAGCACCCUAACCAAGUGGAGCGCAUCAGCGGCCGCGUCGCCGUAGCCCUUCUGUCUGAGAGCAAAGACAAGGUGUCACUGCCCUUUGCUGCUUUUGCUGAGACAGCGUGUCAGGGUGAAAGUGGGGAGAACCUUGUUAAGAGUUUUUUGGGCAGAAUCGGAGUCACUUUGAUGUUAAGAUACCACAAAAACCAGCAUUGGACUAAGGGCUGCAGAGUGGUGGAGGUGAUGUCUGUUUUAAAAGUGGACUACACCGUACUGAAGAGUUUAUUUGGAAAUGAACAUGGAGUAUCACGCUGCUACAUUAUCAGUGUGGCAGCAGAGCUCUUCUUCCUGAGUGGAAGUGUGGAAGGAGCUCUGAAGACACUUCGAGAACACAACUGGUUCCUGAGUUCGAGUUCGUGGCCAUGUGAGCCUGCUGAUCUGGAGAGGAGGACUAAUGUGUUGAGGCGUCUGGCUGGUAAAACCUCCUACCGGGACACGCUGGAGGUGCUCUGCAAUCUGCCAGGAGUUAAGGAACCCAACGACUUGAUAGACAUCUCCAGGUACAGUCCUCUGUUUGCGUCUCACCUCCAAGUGUGCGUGGAGAGGCAGGUUCUACCUGUGGCGUCGGACACGCUGGACUUCAUGCUGUGUAAAAAGCUGGCUGUUGAGCACCCACUGCUCCAGGCGGUGCUCGACAAACUGGGGAAACAGAACCUGUGGCUGCGGGCGCGGGAACUCUUCAAACAUUCGUUGAAUGUGGGCUACUACCCUGGAGUGUCUGCAGCCCCCGGUUCGAUGGCGCUGAUUGUACCAUGUCAGCUUGGAGAGGUGGAGCUUGCCAUCACCUUGGAGAUGUUCGUUGCCUUAAAUGCGUCGGCCAUUCUUCCUCUUUCAGACACCGCCACCGGUCCUCCUCUCAGCAUCACUCUAAGAAGGACUCUCAGCUGUGAGGUGGAGUACAUCUCAGCAGGUAACCGCCUUCUUUCCGCAGCUUGCCUUCCUCAGCCCAAACUCACUGUCCACUACAUCGAGGUCAACUCCUCCCAGGAGCAGGUGUUUAGGCUCCACGUUCCCACCGCACACCGCUGGCUCCGCCACAACCACUCAUGGGCCAGCGAGAUGUGGACACAGCAAGCUAAAUGUUUAAACCCUAACUGAUCUUGGCAAGUAUUUGACAUUGUUUAUGUUCAGCAUCAGUGAGUUCUCCAGGAAAGGUCAAUGAAUCAGGUAGAACCACGUGUUUCAUCUCAAGUUCUAUGGGGGCGGGGGGGCUAACGGCAGAAAAUUGCAACCUUUUUUGGCUUUCACUCAGUUUUAAGGGACUAUUUGAAUUUAUUUAUUUUGGGAAACAGUUUAUUUUUUUGGGGGUUGGGGGGUGUAAGGCUGUUUACCUGUAUAUAAAAUUUGAAUGUAAAUAUGUAUUUAUAUGACCACAUUAUGUUUCUGUAUUGUUUGUUACAAUAUAAAGUGUUGCUUGUUCAGAGCUUGCAAUUUACCAUUUCUUUGUAUGAAAUGUUUUAUUAAAAGCUUGCUUCUCUGUGUGCGUGUACAUAUUUAUAGACAACAUUCUUUACAUGCAAUAUUGAGGAAAAGUGGAU